CUUUAAUAUAUAGUAUUUAAGAAUUUAGGAUGUUGUUAUUAACUUUUAAAUCUGAUUGUUAUAAUUUUUUUCUGCAUUUCCUAAAUAAUUUACACUUACGCCCAUAUGCAAAUAGUACGUAACAUUGUUUCUUAAUAAUUGACAUGAUAGCAGUAGAAAUAAUAUUAUUUAUCACUUAUUGCUAGAACUCUGUGGAAUUUAUACGCUCGUGAUAAAGCCGUUUGUUAGAAAUUCUAGAUUUUUGUGAAAGGAAAGACAAAGAGAGUUAGUUACAAGUGUUUGAAAGUGGAUUUAUUGGAUUUAUAUAUAACGUUUAUAUGUUUUUGAACGAAAAUGAAAUACCAUCUAAUAGUAUUCGGCCUUUCGGCUUUAACGACACUAAUAUCCGGUAAAAGCCAUUGUCACGCUUGCUUCGACAGCAUUUGUUAUUCGAAGGCUUUAAUAUUUCAAAACCAUCCAAUAUCCGGGCAAUUAGCCGUCGACAGGGUUGCCAACAUCGUCCAUUUCCACUACGAGGAUACUCGCACAGCGGACCACACUGUUGCAUUUGAUUUAGACGAUAUAAGAUUCUUGUAUAUACCGGAUAUUCAAUUCUCGUUCGCCCGAACUGUGGACCAAGCGACUAGAGACGUCUAUAUAGGUGGAGCUAAUGGUAUCUACAAAUACAAUCCGAUUACGAACGAAACAUCUCGGUACGGUCUAUCUGAUAAGACUAUCUGGCACAUGCAGUUUAAAGACAAAAUAUACUAUACGAUAUUCAAGACCAAAGGGCUUUAUACACUCGAGAAGAAACAAUCAAAAACGAUUCCAGCGUUAAAAGAUUUUAAUAUCGACGAUUUUAUAAUCGACAAGAAAGACGAUAUAUACUUUAUGAGUAAUUUCACAGUUUAUAAACUGAAAAAGGGGGAAAGCAAAGCCACGUUUUUCUCUAGUAUAAUUUAUUCGUUGACUACUGAUAUUCAGGAUAAUGCCUACUUUGUCCAGAGAGAAAACAGGGGACUGUACAAAAUUAAUUACAGGACUGGCAGAUUGACGGAAAUUGGUGCUUUUGGGAGCGGAGCGCCAAUACGGACAGUAUUCGACAAUUAUAACAAUGUCAUAUACUAUGAUGCUGAUGACGACAAAUUGUAUUAUUUGACGCCAACGUAUGGACGUUGUAAAGUGACAAAUGAAGGGAAAGGGAAGACUUUGAGAAAGAAAGUCGCGUCGUUCUUUGACUGAUUGUAGUGUAUAGUUUAUAUCAUGGAACAUGGACAUAGAGGGAAGUGGUACUGGAACUAGUGAUGAAGUUUUUUCUUUGUCUGGUUGUCGUCACUCUUUGUAGUCCGUCAAUAUAGAAUAAAAAAAUAUACCUCUCAAAAAUGGUAAUUAGGCAUAGAGUGAAGACUGAAUUGAAAAAGUUAGGUGAUAAUUGCGUGCAUUUAUAACUUUUCUAUUUUGUUUAGCGAUGGAAAAAAUUAACCGCUUAGCUAAUAAGUUUUCGGUUCUGUCAUACUAAAACGAUGGCAAAAAGCAUAUUUUUAUUCGGAUUUAAUAAAAAAAUCGAAUCAAAUCCGUAAAAAACAUGCCAAAGUUAAGACUCGUACUCUUCUGAUAAUAUUGAUGCGCUUGAGUCUGCUUAAGCACCAAUUUCUUCUAAUCUUCCAUGUUCCAUUUAUAAAGUUAAUAUUUUUCAGUAUUCGGUUUUCAGCGGACUGUGAUGGCAAAAGCCGAAUAGUACAGAUCUGUAAACAAGUUGUAUUGUCCAAGAGCUAACGCUGAUUGAAUCACUCAAAUGUAUAGAGCUGACAAGUCAUAGUCACGUGUCGAAAAUAAAUGUUACUCCCAUAUAAGCUGUGAUAGCUUAGUGGUAUGCCUGUUUGCUGCCAAAAUCAAAGGUUGUUGGUUCGAGCGUAGAACCACUUUUAUCGAACAUGUCUCGUACAAUAAAAAACUAAACUGAAAUCACUCAAGUCGUUCGGGAACUAUGAGGUCACAGACAGACAUACAGAUACAUUUGAAGUUUCCAAUUUUUGACGAUAUAAUAUAACAUUGUCUAAGAUCUGUACCCGGCUUGCGGAAGUUAAGAUAAAGGGCUUGAGAUAAUGUUAUCUGUAGUUUAAUAAACAUUUCAAUUGUU